AAUCAAUCGGUAGUUCGCAGUGUUUUGUUUUUUAAUGCUCAUUGAAAAGUAAUUUGCCAUCAUCCAAAGCAAAUGGAACGGUGACAUAAAUGAGUUUCACAAACCAAAACGUGGCUAUAUAGACGAAAACGCGGCGCGUAGCAGAAAACUGUAGAAUAGUGUAGCAAAAAUAAGACGACAAAAUUCAACAGUCAAACAAAGACGCUGGCCAAAAGCAUGAGUUGAGACUGGACAGGCCACACACACACAUUUACACUCACACAUACGCGCGCAAGCAAGCAAGCACACACAGUAAGAAAGAGCUUGUGCUGAAAAGGGAGAGAGAUAGAGAAACAAAAAGAUAAUUUCAAGGCAACGCUGCGUAACGCAGGGGAAAGACAGAAACUUCAAAUAAGGUGACAAUUUGGACAACGGAGGCGGCGACGACAACGUCGACGACGACGACAACGACAAUAAUAAUUGCUCUGGUCUGAACUGACGGUUAACGGAAGGAGCGCAACCACGUGUGUAUGUGGAUAUAUGCAUAGAUGUAUGUGUGUGGAUGCAUAUGUACGUAUUUGUUGUUUGUGUGCUAACUGGAUAUUGCUGGGCUGCAAUGCAAUAGCAAUAACUGUGACACCCGACUCAACAUAACAGCGAUAAAUAACGGGAGCGCAUUUCAUACUCAUCUUCGCUAAAGCAGCGCAAUACCAACAACAGCAACAACAGCUGCGGACGCACCAACAUCAACAGUUACGCCAACAACAACGUCAACAACAUGAGCACAGUGUUUAUUAACUCACGGAAGAGCCCAAAUGUGCUAAAGAAACAAGGCACAGACCAAUGGGUCAAACUAAAUGUGGGAGGCACCUAUUUUCUAACCACCAAAACAACGCUCUCCCGUGACCCCAAUUCCUUUCUGUCGCGUCUUAUACAAGAGGACUGCGAUUUAAUAUCAGAUCGGGAUGAAACCGGCGCGUAUUUGAUAGACAGAGAUCCAAAGUAUUUUGCGCCAGUGCUCAAUUAUUUACGCCAUGGCAAACUCGUUCUGGACGGCGUCUCGGAGGAGGGUGUGCUGGAAGAGGCUGAGUUCUACAACGUGACGCAGCUGAUUGCACUGCUAAAGGAGUGCAUCAGCCACAGAGAUCAGCGACCACAUGCGGAUAAGAAGCGCGUCUAUCGUGUGCUGCAAUGCCGCGAACAGGAAUUAACACAGAUGAUCUCCACGCUUUCGGAUGGCUGGCGGUUUGAGCAGCUGAUAAGCGUUGGCAUACAAUGCUCGAACUAUGGGCCAUUCGAAAAUAAUGAGUUCCUUUGCGUCGUCUCCAAAGAAUGCGGCUCGUCGGCAGGACGGGAAUUGGAGUUGAAUGAUCGCGCCAAGGUUCUGCAGCAGAAGGGUUCGCGAAUUCUUGGAAUUUAAACUGCUUAUAGAGUAUAGCAUAGAGUGCGCAUACCAUCCAGAAUAUAACAAAAUGUAACUCCCAUCAGCAAACACACAAAGCCUAAUUAAUAUAACAAAGACAAGCCACAAACAUCAUGAACAACAACA